AUGGCCUUCAGCCCCUCCUGGCAGCUGCUCUCGCCCGUGCAGUGGGCCAAGUGGACCUGGUCGGCCGUGCGAGGCGGCGGCCAGGGCGGCCCCGCGGACCCCCAGCCGGAGGAUGACCUCGAGGAGACGGCGGCGCAGGCGGAGACCAAGUCGCUGAGUCUCAGUUCGGAUUCAGAAGGCAAUUUUGGGACUCCUGAGGCAGAGACACCAGUCCAUUCCUUGGGAAAAGAGUUGGAAGAACUGGAUCUGGAACUGGAGGUCGGAUCCCAAGCAUCUCUAGAAGAUCAGUUUGUCUCCAAAGAGUUGGAGGAGACAUCAGCUUUGGCAGAGGAUGAAUUACAGACUGACUCAGCAAUCGUGGAAGCCAGUGCUCCAUUUACAUCAAAAGCCCACCUUGGAAUUGAUCAGGGUUCAUCCCUGUCUUCUUCUGCAUUAGAUGCUACACCAUCUACGGAGGAGAAUAUUGGUUCAGCGAGACUCAAUCCAGACCAUACUUCAGACACACUAUUCCAAGAGGAGCAAAGGGAAAUUUUGAAGGAAAGCCAAGUGACGCCCGUCCGGGAACCUUCAGAGGUCAAGUCAAGUGUUGAGAACAUUGCAAAUAACAAAAGCAAGCUCCCCAGGGCAAAACCAAUUGCUCUUCAAAAAAAGAUGGGGGGACAGACUCCCGAGACUGAAGUGACCACAGAAAGCCCCCCUAUUCCCAAAGCUACCUACCGCUUUGAUCCAGAGGAAUACGACGAGACCGUGAACCCAUUUACGAUGGGAGGCUCCAAAUGUCCAAACUCGCCCCCGGCAUCUCAGCCAGGUGCUGAUCUUCCAAAUAGUGACCCUAAGCAUCCCAGCUCAGCAGGAGCUGGAGAUUGCAAGACCCGGGCCCUGAAACUAGAGUUUGAUUUUGCCGAAGGAGCGGAAAACGUUGAGCCCAAGAAGCUUCCAACAAGAAAAAUGGGAAAGAGGCCUACCAGUAAGUUGUCUCCUAAGAGACAAAGAGGACCUACCACCCGGCCUGUUGUAGGUCCUGAGGAUGGAGAGAAGACCACAGCUCCUGAUGCUUCAGUGGCACCUCUUACCAAGGCUACUGCGGACACCAGCCAGUGGGAUGAUCCUGCCUUUAACCCUUUUGCGAGCAGUUCUUCUUUGCAGGAUUCUCCCACACUCCCAAAACGUUCCUGUCAUCUGGACAUGACAGAUCCUUUCAAGACGAGCAGCAAGACCUUGUCCACUGUAGGAGCCGAUUCUUGUCCUUCCGCAGAGAACAGUCUCAAUGAGAUCUUGGAGUCGCAAGCCCGAGAGGCUGCGGGGGAUGAUUUGAAGACAAGCUCGGUCCCUCCGAGCUCCAGGUCACGGCUGAUAACGACUUCAGAACAAGUGAAAUUUCUCUGUUUUCUGUUGAGUGGCUGCAAGGUGAGAAAGUAUGAAUCUCAUCCCUUGGCCCUGGAUGCUUGCUCUCAGGUAAAGGUGUUCAGUUGCUCCCCUUUAGAACAUGGCUGUGCUUGUAUUGGAGUUGAUAGGAAUAAAAGGAGUUAUGUGGGGCAGCUCUGUGCAGUCAACCUUGUCUGGGGUUCCGAGAAGGAAUCUUUGUGCAAAUUGGAAGGGAAGACUAACUCCAGUGAGAUCUCAGUAAGCCCAAUUGAUAGGAAUAAAAGGAGUUAUGUGGGGCAGCUCUGUGCAGUCAACCUUGUCUGGGGUUCCGAGAAGGAAUCUUUGUGCAAAUUGGAAGGGAAGACUAACUCCAGUGAGAUCUCAAGUAAUCCUGAACUAUGUUCAAUGGAAAAGGAUCCUGGAAGUACACCAGCCAGCCUGAGAGGAGGGGCUGAAAGCCCCCUGGAUGCCAUUUGCCUCAGUGAAUCUGACAAGACAGCAGUUCUGACCCUGAUCAGAGAAGAGAUCAUCUCUAAGGAAAUUGAAGCCAAUGAAUGGAAGAGAAAAUAUGAAGGAAGUUGGCAGGAAGUUUUGGAAAUGAGGAAGAUUGUGGCUGAAUAUGAGAAGACAAUUGCACAGAUGAUAGAGGACGAGCAGAGAACUAACAUGGCAUCCCAGAAGGGUCUCCAGCAGCUGACCAUGGAGAAGGAACAAGCCUUGUCUGACCUGAAUUCGGUGGAGAGAUCUCUGUCCGAUCUAUUCAGGAGAUACGAGAAUCUGAAGGGAAUCCUGGAAGGUUUCAAGAAGAACGAAGAGGCCUUGAAGAAGUGCGCUCAAGAUUACCUCAAUCGCGUCAAGCAAGAGGAGCAGCGCUACCAGGCCUUGAAAAUCCACGCAGAGGAGAAGUUAGACAAAGCCAAUGAAGAGAUUGCUCAGGUGCGUACGAAGUCCAAAGCUGAGAGUGCAGCUUUCCACGCCGGACUUCGAAAAGAACAAAUGAAGGUCGAGUCUCUUGAAAGGUCCCUCCAGCAGAAGAACCGGGAAAUUGAAGAACUGACCAAGAUCUGUGACGAGCUAAUUGCCAAGCUAGGAAAGACCGAUUGA